GGAUAUCCACUUUUUGUCUCUCCUCAAUUCGGAAAACCCAUCUCUCCUCUCUAGAAUUUUAGCAGAAGGAAGAGGAAGAAGAGGCUUAUCUUUGUGCGUGGUAUGGCUGCGGAUGUGAGUUCUCUUGUUCGGGUAAGGAGUGGGCAUAAGGAUGAUCGGACGGUGGGGAAUGAAGGAGGGGAUGGGAGAUCAACGGCUCUGAUUACUCGAGACUUGCUUGGUUGUGGGUUCGUGAAAAACGAGUCCCAGGAGUUGGACUUGGAUUUGCAAGUGCCGAAUGGGUGGGAAAAGCGUCUUGAUUUGAAGUCAGGGAAGGUGUACCUACAAAGAUGUAACUCAGCAAAAUCACCUUCUUCAGCAUCAUCAUCAUCUGAUCACAAGCUUCAAGAUCUAAACUUCCCACCAUCACCAUCAAAAUUCCCAUUAAACCUAUUUGAUGAAAAUUCUUUGGAGCUGAAAUUGGUGUCAUCACCACCACCAAGAAACAGUUUCUACCAAAGCGUAUGCACUCUCGAUAAGGUAAAAUCCGCGCUCGAAAGGGCAGAGAAAGUAGAGCCUAACAAGAAGCGACCGUCGCCUUCAUAUUCAUCUUCCUCGUCUUCAAUCCGAGAAACCCUAGAAGAAGAUCUUCAUGAUGAGAAGUUGGUAACAUCAUCAUCACCAAUUGCAGCUGGGUGUCCCGGUUGCUUAUCUUAUGUUUUGAUCAUGAAAAGUAACCCUAAAUGCCCUAGAUGUAACUCUGUCGUUCCAAUGCCCUCGAUGAAGAAGCCGAAGAUUGAUCUUAACAUUUCGAUUUGAUUCCAUAUGAUUGAUGAGGAUUGUCUAGGCUUUGUUUUUUGGGAUUUUUUUGUAAAUGAUGAUAGUUGGAUUUAUAUUAGGGAAAGAAAAGUUAUGUAACUAGAAAAUGAAUAUGUUCUGAUUAUAUCAGCAUGAUAUUAUUGUCAGGGAAAGAACAAUAUGUAAUUAGAAGUAUGUUCUGAUUAUAUCAGCAUAGUUUGAUAGAAAGUUUGUGCUCUUUGUUGUUUUGUUACCA